GGGGAGCGCGCCGCGUCCCGGACCCCGCACCCCGCACCCCGCACCCGGCCCCGAGCACCAGGUACCCCUGACCCGGCCGGGAACGAUUCCAAGAGCUCGGCAACAUGGCUUCCCCACCCCACCAGCAGCUGCUGCAUCACCACAGCACCGAGGUGAGCUGCGACUCGAGCGGAGACAGCAACAGCGUGAGGGUCAAGAUCAACCCCAAGCAGCUGACCUCCAACACCCAGCCCAAGCACUGCAAGUACAGCAUCUCCUCCAGCUGUAGCAGCUCGGGGGACUCCGGCGGCCUCCCCCGGCGGAUGGGCGGCGGGGGUCGCCUGCGAAGGCAGAAGAAGCUGCCCCAGCUGUUCGAGAGGGCCUCCAGCCGGUGGUGGGACCCCAAGUUCGACUCGGUGAACCUGGAGGAAGCCUGCCUGGAGCGAUGCUUCCCGCAGACCCAGCGCCGCUUCCGGUACGCGCUCUUCUACGUCGGCUUCGCCUGUCUUCUCUGGAGCAUCUAUUUCGCUGUCCACAUGAGAUCCAAACUGAUCGUCAUGGUGGCCCCCGCCCUGUGCUUCCUGGUGAUAUGCGUGGGCUUCUUUCUGUUUACCUUCACCAAGCUCUAUGCCCGGCAUUACGCGUGGACCUCGCUGGCUCUCACCCUGCUGGUGUUCGCCCUGACCCUGGCUGCGCAGUUUCAGGUUUGGACACCUCUGUCGGGACGUGUUGACAGCUCCAAUCACACUCCCGCGGCCAAACCGGCAGACACUUGCUUAUCUCAAGUGGGGAGUUUUUCCAUGUGCAUCGAAGUGCUCUUUUUGCUCUACACCGUCAUGCACUUACCUUUGUACCUGAGCCUGUUUUUGGGGGUGGCCUACUCCGUCCUUUUUGAGACCUUAGGCUAUCAUUUCCGAGACGAAGACUGUUUCCCCUCCCCGGGAGCCGGAGCCGGAGCCCUGCACUGGGAGCUGCUGAGCAGGGCCCUGCUCCACGUGUGCAUCCAUGCCAUCGGGGUCCACCUCUUCGUCAUGUCUCAGGUGAGGUCCAGGAGCACCUUCCUCAAGGUGGGACAGUCCAUCAUGCACGGCAAAGAUCUGGAAGUAGAGAAAGCGCUCAAGGAGAGGAUGAUCCACUCCGUGAUGCCGAGGAUCAUCGCUGACGACCUGAUGAAGCAGGGAGACGAGGAGAGCGAGAACUCCAUCAAGAGGCACGUCUCCUCUAGCCCCAAGAACAGGAAGAAGAAGUCCUCCAUACAGAAAGCCCCUAUAGCCUUCCGCCCUUUUAAGAUGCAGCAGAUAGAAGAAGUGAGCAUUUUGUUUGCAGAUAUCGUGGGCUUCACCAAGAUGAGCGCCAACAAGUCAGCUCAUGCCCUGGUGGGUCUCCUCAAUGAUCUGUUCGGUCGCUUCGACCGGCUGUGUGAGGAGACCAAGUGCGAGAAGAUCAGCACUCUGGGAGAUUGCUACUACUGUGUGGCCGGGUGCCCCGAGCCCCGGGCAGACCAUGCCUACUGCUGUAUUGAAAUGGGCUUGGGCAUGAUAAAAGCCAUCGAGCAGUUCUGCCAGGAGAAGAAAGAAAUGGUGAACAUGCGUGUUGGGGUUCACACGGGAACGGUCUUGUGCGGCAUCCUAGGCAUGAGGAGGUUUAAAUUUGAUGUGUGGUCCAAUGAUGUGAACUUAGCCAAUCUCAUGGAGCAGUUGGGAGUGGCUGGCAAAGUCCAUAUAUCUGAGGCCACCGCAAAAUACUUAGAUGACAGGUACGAAAUGGAAGAUGGCAGAGUUAUCGAACGCCUUGGCCAGAGCGUGGUUGCUGACCAGCUGAAAGGUUUGAAGACAUACCUGAUAUCGGGCCAGAGAGCCAAGGAGUCUCACUGCAGCUGUGCAGAGGCCUUGCUUUCUGGCUUUGAGGGCAUUGACGGCUCACAGGCGACCUCAGGCCCUAGGGGACAGGGGACAGCAUCGUCAGGGAGUGUCAGUGACUUGGCGCAGACUGUCAAAACCUUUGAUAACCUUAAGACUUGUCCUUCAUGUGGAAUCACGUUCACGCCCCAACCUGAAGCUGGUGCAGAAGGAGGAGCUCUGCAAAACGGUUGUCAAGACGAGCCUAAGACCAGCACCAAGGUAACAAGCUCAUGGCUGUUGUUCCUGUCAGUUCCUCUCCUGGCGCAUCCACCUAAGGCUUCUGGAGGACCCAGCUCCAAAACCCAGAAUGGACUCCUGAGCCCUCCCCCGGAGGAGAAGCUCACCAACAGCCAGACGUCCCUGUGUGAGAUCCUGCAGGAGAAGGGGAGGUGGGCCGGCGUGAGCUUGGACCAGUCGGCCCUCCUCCCGCUGAGGUUCAAGAACAUCCGUGAGAAGACCGAUGCUCAUUUUGUGGAUGUUAUCAAAGAAGACAGCCUGAUGAAAGAUUAUUUUUUCAAGCCGCCCAUCAAUCAGUUCAGCCUGAACUUCCUGGACUGGGAGCUGGAGCGGUCGUACAGGAGCAGCUACCAGGAGGAGGUCAUCAAGAAUUCCCCCGUGAAGACCUUCGCCAGUGCCACCUUCAGCUCCCUCCUGGACGUGUUCCUGUCCACCACCGUGUUCCUCAUCCUCUCCAUCACCUGCUUCCUGAAGUACGCAGCCACCGCCACGCCCCCGCCCCCUGCCGCCCUGGCCGUCUUCGGCGCAGACCUGCUGCUGGAGGCGCUGUCCCUUGUGGUGUCCGUCAGGAUGGUGUUCUUUCUGGAGGACGUCAUGACGUGCACGAAACGACUGCUGGAAUGGAUCGCGGGCUGGCUGCCUCGCCACUGCAUUGGGGCCAUCCUGGUGUCCCUGCCUGCCCUUGCUGUCUACUCACACGUUACCUCCGAGUUUGAGACGAACAUACAUUUCGCCAUGUUCACUGGCUCCGCCACGCUGGUAGCGAUCGCGCACUACUGUAACUUCUGCCAGCUCAGCUCCUGGAUGCGCUCCUCCCUGGCCACCGUCGUGGGGGCCGGGCCGUUGCUCCUGCUCUACGUCUCCCUGUGCCCAGACAGUUCCAUAGUGAUGGCACCCCUGGACGCAGUACAGAAUUUCAGUGCCGAGAGGAGCUUGUGCAGCAGCUCCCCGCUGCAGGCAAGCCGGAGGGCAGCCGGCGUCGUGGGCAGAGAGCUCAUCCUUACCUUCUUCCUUCUGCUGCUCUUGGUCUGGUUCCUGAACCGAGAGUUUGAGGUGAGCUACCGCCUGCACUACCACGGGGACGUGGAAGCGGAUCUCCACCGCACGAAGAUCCAGAGCAUGCGAGACCAGGCUGACUGGCUGCUGAGGAACAUCAUCCCGUACCACGUGGCCGAGCAGCUGAAGGUGUCCCAGACCUACUCCAAAAACCACGACAGCGGCGGGGUGAUCUUCGCCAGCGUCGUCAACUUCAGCGAGUUCUACGAGGAGAACUACGAGGGGGGCAAGGAGUGCUACCGGGUGCUCAACGAGCUCAUCGGGGACUUCGACGAGCUGCUCAGCAAGCCGGACUACAGCAGCAUCGAGAAGAUCAAGACCAUCGGGGCCACGUACAUGGCGGCGUCCGGGCUGAACACGGCCCAGCGUCAGGAGGGCAGCCACCCCCAGGAGCACCUGCGCGUCCUGUUUGAGUUCGCCAGGGAGAUGAUGCAGGUGGUGGACGACUUCAACAGCAACAUGCUGUGGUUCAACUUCAAGCUCAGGGUCGGCUUCAACCACGGCCCCCUCACCGCCGGCGUCAUCGGCACCACCAAGCUGCUGUACGACAUCUGGGGGGACACGGUCAACAUCGCCAGCAGGAUGGACACCACUGGGCUGGAGUGCCGCAUCCAGGUGAGCGAAGAGAGCUACCGGGUGCUGAGCAAGAUGGGCUACGACUUUGAUUACCGAGGGACCGUGAACGUCAAGGGGAAGGGGCAGAUGAAGACCUACCUCUACCCCAAGUGCACGGACAACGGGGUCGUGCCGCAGCACCAGCUGUCCAUCUCCCCGGACAUCCGCGUCCAGGUGGACGGCAGCAUCGGACGGUCUCCCACGGACGAGAUCGCCAACCUGGUGCCUUCUGUCCCUUAUCCGGACAAGACCUCCCUGGGCUCCGACGACAACACGCUGGCCAAGGAGGCGCACCUCUCUCCUAAGAGGCCCUGGAGAGCAGCCGCCAAAGCCGAAGACCGGUGUCGGUUUGGCAAAGCCUCGGAAAAGAGCGACGGGGCCGACGCGGGGCCGGACGAAGCCAACGAACUCACGAAGCUCACCGUCUCGACGAGCGCGGGGGCCGGCCCUGCGAGCUGCUGAGGUGCUCCGUUCGCCGAAACGACGGUGUCUGUGUCUGGCUGUUGUGCUUCCCAAGCGCCUCAGCUCUGUCCCCGGAUGUGGGGUCAUGUGGUCAUUUCAGCCCUAAUUUCUGUGUGGAUCACAGGUGUUCAGGGCUCGUUUCCAUCCAUUUCUUCUUUGCUCCCUUCCCCAGAAACCUGCCCCUGCUUGGGGGUGGAAGGACCCUUUCAGCCGUGUGGAGGAGUACAAGUGCCUUCAGGGGUUGACCUUGGCCUUGAGUCUCAGACUGAGGCCACCGGUGGAAUCAUGGCUCUGAGGAUUUGACUUCUUAAAAAGCUGUGGUUAAGAUAAUAUCAUUUUUAUUGCCUUUUCUCACAAGCCUUUUUUUUUUUU